UUUUUGUAUUUUUAUUAUAGAUUUUUACUACCUUGGAUGCCACUCCUGAUAUGGAGAAGAUUGAAGAACAAUUUACUAAUCUGAACAUUGUUAGACGUUCCUCAGGAACUAAAGAGCCUACUUAUCUGCUUGGCAUAGACACAUCAAAGACUGCACAAACAGAAAAAGGAAGCUUGCUUGCUGUUUUAUGUUCUAAUGGAUCAAUCAGAAUAUAUGAUAAAGAAAGGUUAAACAUACUUCGAGAAUUUAGUGGAAAUCCUGGACUUCUUAAUGGAGUCAAAUUUGCAAAUUCUUGUGACAGUGUAUAUUCAUCAUGUACUGAUGGCACUGUAAAAUGUUGGGAUGCUCGAGUAGCCAGUGAAAAACCUGUCCAGCUGUUUAAGGGUUACCCUUCCAAUAUUUUUAUUAGUUUUGAUAUCAGUUGUAAUGAUCAUGUCAUUUGUGCUGGUACAGAAAAAGUUGAUGAUGAUGCCUUGUUGGUAUUUUGGGAUGCAAGAAUUAAUUCUCAGGAUUUGUCUACUACCAAAGACCCACUUGGUGCAUAUUCAGAGACACAUAGUGAUGAUGUCACUCAAGUAUGUUUCCAUCCCAGCAAUCCCAACAUGGUAGUCUCAGGUUCAACUGAUGGUCUGGUAAAUGUAUUUGAUAUUAGUGUUGAUAAUGAAGAAGAUGCACUGGUUACAACCUGUAACUCAGUUUCAUCAGUAAGCUACAUUGGUUGGUCUGGGAAAGAUUAUAAACAGAUUUACUGCAUGACACAUGAUGAAGGAUUUUGUUGGUGGGAUCUUAAUCAUCUUGAUACUGAUGAACCAAUUACACGUUUGAACAUCCAGGAUGUCAGAGAAGUAAUUAACAUGAAAGAAGGUAAUUUGGACUAUUUGAUUGGUGGCCUGUAUCAUGAAAAGAUGGACAAAUUGUUUGCCGUUGGAGGAACAAACACAGGAAUUAUUCACUUAAUGAGCUGUACUACAUCAGGAUUGAUCCAUGUGACCAGCCUUCAGGGAGGGCAUGCUGCUACAGUCCGUUCUUUCUGUUGGAAUACGCAGGAUGAUUCCUUGCUAACUGGAGGAGAAGAUGCACAGUUAUUACUUUGGAAACCUGGAGCAAUAGAGAAGACAUUCACAAAGAAAGACAGCAUGAAAAUAGCUUCCUCUGUGUACCAGCGAGUUCGAGUUCACAGUAAUGAUUCUUAUAAGAGAAGGAAAAAGCAGUGAUAUUACAUUGGGAGUUUACUUGGUAGGUUUUAUAGUUGCAAGUAAUUACUUUUGUGUAUUACCUGUGGUAGACAUGUUUAAGUUCAUAUGUAAAAACAAGCCAGUUAGCACACAGUCCUGGAAAAAUGUUGAGAAUGGUUUAAUUUGGGUCUUCAUGUAUUCUAAAAUUAUUUUUUU